UCAUAUCAGAUUAGGUAAGUAGGUACCAUACUGAGUUCAUUACCUAAUUGAUAAAUGAAAUUUCAACACUUCGAUGAAGCAAGCAUUUCAUCAAUUUAUUCUUAUCUCCGAGUAACUCUCCUAUAAAAGCGCUCAGUUUCAAUCUUUCGUUUCCAAUGUGAACUCUCUUUACAUUCAUUUAAAACUCCCAUUGUUCGUACCUAUUUCCACCUUCAGAACAAUGGGAGCCUCUUCAUUGGUAUUUCUGUUCUCGUUUUCACUCAUCAUCUCAAUUCACAAAUCCUCCGCUCAAAGUAUUCACAACAAAAGCGAAAUUUCAUUCGAUAAGGAUUUCGUAGAACAAGCUUACUUCAUCGAUAAAACAGACCUACUACUGUCAUUUUUCAAGAACCCAAACAAUACCUACGAUUACAUAAGCUGUCCCAGCGGAUUUGCCAAAACUACGACCCUACUGAUGAUCAAAGCUUUCGCUCAAUUCGAUGUCGAUGACUUGGGCCGACCGAAACAACGAAUGAGAUGCAAAUCCUAUCAAUCAUUCAAAAGCACAAGAGUGGACCAAUCGCUGAACUCGGUUAAAGACGACAUAUGUCAGCAUCCGGUGAUUUUCGUUAAUUUGAGGAUCGAAUUACCACAAAUAGAAAAAAUAGAAAAUGAAUUACCAGAAGUAGAAGAAAUAGAAAAUGAUGCAGAUACGACUACCAACACUACGAGUGAAGUCGAUGAUUAUUUAGUGCUGUUGAACGAGUUCGUUUACAGUUUCAUUGGCGAAUUCGCGUGGUUGAAAAAACUGGCAGUAGAACCAGCAGAGAAUGCAAAAGUUAAACAUAGUUUUGAGCAAUGGGAAGUUGACUUUUUGAAGAAGGUUUUCGAUAAACAAUUAACCGAGCAGGAGAUUCCAACUAGUUUACAUUCGAUGAUCAAGAUCUUGUACAAAUUCUUCAAAAAAAGGGUUAUAAUUUUAGUAGACGAUUACGAUUAUGUAACCAACAAUGCUAUUCUGGUUCCAUCUCCAAAAGCAGAUCAAUUUCAACAAACCGUUGAUAAAAUGCUACAAGAAGCUUUAGAUACCGCCAGAGAUAUGGUGAGUUAUGCGAUAAUCGUCGGUAUUAGUAGAUUACCAUUGCAACAGAAACAAAACAUCACCGGAGAUCUGCCCUUGAACGAGUAUGUUUUCUUAUCUGAUGACAAAUACGGCGAAUACUUCGGUUACCUUAUCAACGACGUUAGACAUUUGAGCAUAAAGCACAAAUGUGAUAAAAGCGAACUUCAACAAAUACAAGACUUAUACGAAGGGUACGAGACCAAGAUCGAGCAUCGUAAACUCUUCAAUCCUCACUCAUUAACUUCUUACUUCAAAGAACGAGGCUUCAAUGCGAAAAUUCGACCUUUGAAAGUUCACUGGAACUGGGGCAAUGGCGAACAAGACUUUGUCGUCAAAUUUCUCAAAGUAUCGCCUCAAUUUUUACUCAUACUUUUGCAGCUCACUGCCUACAACUCGAUUUCUUAUCAGUCUGUCGAAGAUUACCCCGAGUCAUCGUAUAGUAACUUCGUGAAAAUGCAGAAACGCGAUUACGAAUACGUUUCUGACGAACCAGAUCCGGUAAAUUACCUGAUGACGUUUUGCUUCGAGCAUGGUUUGUUGAGUUAUACGGACUACGAUGAAGAGUAUACUUUACCAAGCGCCGAAAUCCAUCAACAAAUGAGUAAAACUCUAAGAACGUUCUUCAAACAACGAGGAGUAGAUUUCGAAGCACUGGCAGAACCGUUGAGAGAUCUACUGGUUACAUACUCUUCUGAUAUGCAUAAAGUUAUACCAAAGUUCAAGCAAGUUUUGGACUCAACGUUGAACAUAUUCACGAAUGUAGAUUCGAGCACAUCCAUCGAGUACCUGUUGCAAUCGAUCAUUAGACAGACAGUGAGUGAGAAUAACGAUUUGGUUGUGACCGAAGAUAAGAAAACAUCGAGGAAAGGUCGCUGUGAGGUGAUAUACUCAACGACAUUUGACAAAGCCAUAGUUCAUAUCGCCAUUGCUAAUGGCAAAACACCAACUGAAGCAUUGAAACAGGCACCUGGAUAUGGACGUAAGAAACACUCGACUAAAAGUGUUUACAUUGGGAUCAAUAUCAAUCCGCAGAAACAAACUGAGAUCGUGUUCGAAGUGAAAAUGCCGAAAUGAUCAACUUACUUUGGGCAUUGAAGACUGAACUAUACAAUGAAAGAGGAUAGAUAAGAAUAACAUACCUAAGAAGAUGCUGGAUCAUCGUAAUUUGCCACCAUAUCAACGUCACCUUCCAUUGAGAAGUUGUCAUCUGCGAUUACAAGAGAAUUGACUGGAAACUUGGAAGACAAAUUAGUGUCACAACACAUCACAACAUGCACUUGAUGGAUCGAAUAAUUAAUCAACGAUUCAUUUAGGAUGAUUAAAAAUUAAUUAUGAAAACAGAAAUAAAAUAAAAGCAUUUCUCAAAAUCAAGAUUAAAGAACUCCGAAGUCACCGAACUUCACUACACACGUGCAACAUUCAUGAACGCGACUGAAAAACUGAUUUAAUUUUAGCAAUGAGCGUUACCUGAUUCCCAACAAAGCCUGGAGUCAGUUCUCCGGUCAAAAUUUAAUUCACACUAGCACUCCUUGCGACGCUUUUACAAACAACUCAUCGAAAAUAAGUUUGAUUAUUAAAAUUUUUUUUUAAUUUUAAUUUUACCAUAAAAAUUGAUAUUUUAAAUACGUUACCUAGUUUACGUCAAUAAAUUGAAUCAAUUGGCAUUAGAACGUGAUAUUUAAACAAUACAGGUUGUAGCUGUUCUAAAAUCUUACGUAUUAUUGUGUAAUUUUCAUUACUCUGUUGAUUGUUUUCUAGCUAAUUUUGAUUAAUUAUACUUCUGUUGUUUUUUUA